AUGGGUCAACCAGAGAAGGAGGAAAAUAGGAGAAAUCGUGGGCAAGCAGUUCGCAGAACAGAGCACCGGAGCAAAUCCAACACGACCUCUCCGUCCCCAAGGCAACGAGACAUCAGCGGUGCUCGCAGUCCAGGAAACUCGGACGACUAUCGCAGUGCUGCAGGUACUCGGAGUCCACAAGGCGCUUGGAGUCCACCAAGUACUCGGAGCCCAGGCGCUCGCAGUCCCAGCGGCGGGAAUGCGCGGCGGGUUCUCGAAGCCGGAGUCCAAGACAGCCGCGACAACUUAGGUUACCACAGAGGGGCCAUGUCCUCGCUGCGCCAGCGGCAUCACGUCGUGCGCUGCGUGGACGUGAUCGUCUACUACAGCAUCGUGGUCAGCACGUUCCUGCUGUACUCGGUCGGCUUCAUCGCCUACAAGCUGGACGAAGACCCGGAGGAAGUGAAGGAGUUCUACCGCACCAUGACCACCUCGGCGUCGCACACCGUCUUCACGCUCGAGGGCACCAGACAUCUGCACGAUAGAGCCGAUGAAGAGGCCACAGAAAGGAGCAACGAUGUCGCCAGCGAUGACACACGAAGCCAAGAACUGCUGACGUCCACUGACACGGUCCCCGAUGCGAACGAAGUUGAACAGCGGCAGCGUCACACAGCGGUACCACCUCGCACAACCAAGGUUGGGUCGGCAUCGCGCACGCCCAGCCCUCACUCCCAAGCGUCCUCUGGCGACUCCUUGCCGUACAUCUACGAGAGCCAAAACAAGCCGGACGACAGCUUCGUGCACCUGAUGCGGGUUGUCGCCGCCAGUGAGAACAGGAAGCGCGCGUCCCGAGACGGGGCCACCCCAGCGAGGGGCGUCGGUGCUAACACCACGACGGUGCCGUUCCUGACCUUUCCGGGAUUGUCACAGUGGUAACGACGACCACUUGCAACUGUACUUCAGAAUCACUGCGGACCGGAAGAUACGAAGUCUUUUUUUUAAAUGUGCGCUAUUACUCUUAAAUUACGACAACCUUUCAAAAGAUGCACAUUUUCAAAUGUUAAUUAAAAGAACGGCGCGCUUUGCCUUCAUAAAUAAAAUCAGUACCCGGACAAAUUCCGGGCGUUUAA